AUGAUACAAUUUGGUUGUUAUAAAUUUAUAUUUAGUUUGGUCAAUCAUUCUUUACCUUCCUAUCCAUCAUCAACAUCAUCAUCGACGUCAACAUGGAUGACAAUCAAUCAUAGUUCAACACAAUCUUCUUCGCAUGAAUCACCAGUACUACUUACAGAUUCUUUAUCAGUAGUAGCAAAAGAGUUUUUAAAAUUACCUAAAAGUAACAAUUUACUUGUUCAUUAA